AUGUCGGCUGUCUUGCAAAAAUCCACGCGAUCGCUGCUAUCGGUCGUAAUCUUUGCGCUUAUGGCUAUGGCAGCAAAUGCGAAGACCGCAUGUGGGACCCUCACUCAGUGUGCUGUACAGAAAUGUCUUGAUAGAGAUGUAGUUCGACGAGUGGUGAUGAACUCCUCAAAAUCGGAACUGUUUGGUGCGCUUGUGGAGAAGUUUGAUAUGGUGUGUAUCGCCGCGAAGUGCACCAAAGAAUGUCAGUCGUGCAACCAAUGCCAUUAUGCCCUCGAACAGAUGAGCGCUCUUGCUCAAGGAGAGCAGACAUCUGGUCUCUGUCCGAAGUUGGAGGAAUGUGUGCAGGAUUGCCUGAAGGCUGGAGAUCUGCCUAAGAUCAUAUCGUGUGUCGCUGAUCGCUGUAAUGUUCACUGCUACGACGGUGACUGUCCAUCGUGUCGAGCACUGUCAAGACGGAUGUUCACAGCGAUCUGUCUGCAAACCGGCAUGACGAGCCUCGAACAUAUCAAAUAUACGGGAACCUGUCCACGACUUUUCAACGAUCUGGCUGAUGAAUACGUGGCUGUGAAGCGACGAGUGGCCGCUUAA